AUGAAGCCACUUGAUUUAAAUCUUGCAGCAUUAUCAGCAAAAUACAGUAAAGACAUGGAGUUGCAUUUGGCUAAGUCAUUAUUGAGUGAGAUGGGCCAAUGUAUUGUAUGGUAUUUGUACCUUUUACUAGCAUUGAUAAUCACAAAAGGUGCGUCACUUUUGGAGCUGGUAAGCUGGGAAACAAUGAAUGAAUCGGAUUUUAAGGCGGACAUCAAUGGUAUAGUAUGGGACUCCAAAAUUGUUGUGAAAGAUUUUGAAAUGAGAUGGGAUGCAUUAAUGGUAAAAUAUAAGUUACAAGACAAUAAAUGGAUGAAAGAUAUGUUUGAUUUGAGAAGCAGUUGGAUUCCAGCCUAUUUUAAAGAUGUACCAAUGUCAGGUUUAAUAAAAACCACUUCUCGGUCGGAAAGUGAGAAUUUAGCAUUCAAUAGGGUAUCGCAUCAUGGUUAUACGUUAAACAAUUUCAUGAAUACCUUUGAGUUUGUUAUGGAAAGGAAAAGGAAUAAUCAAAUCAAAUUUGAUUUUGAUACAUCUACUAUAAUUCCAACCAUCAAAACACCUUUUGACGAUAUGGAGAAACAUGCAUCUAUGGUAUACACCAGGACUAUUUUUCUCAUGGUGCAGAGGGAGAUUCUUCAUUCACUUGUUUCUUGUUCACAGAAGAGUGUUACUUUAGGAGUUGUUUCUGACAUACACAUUUUCAAACAUAAAAGGACAAAUCUAUCAAAGAAGAAGGUAGUAGUUGAGAAAAAAGAAAAAGUUGACAUCUUGACGGAAUCUCUUGACGGAUAG